CUGUGGGCAGGUCAGAGGCUCAUAAAUGAAUGCCUCUCACACACAUGUGCAUAUAAACAGAGCCAUACAGCAGAGAAACCACUUCAGUCCUGCAUAGAAAUGCCAGUGGAUAAAAGAGGAAGGAGUAAAGAAGUGUAAAGACGGUUUUGAUGAUCACACCGCAUUGCUAAACGGCUUCUGGGGAUAUGACGGCAGUUACUGGCACCGAGGAAUAAGAGAUCCUGCAAUAAAAUCACAUUAAUAGACAUUCAGGAUCCAAUUUCUGUGGAUUCUCCAGAGAGUGGUGCACAAAUUCCUGAAAAUAAAUCCUUUGCCUUUUUAUCUUGCCUUCCAUUAUUUUUUAAGAAAUGAAUUCAGACUCUGUUGCAAUGAUGAACUUGCAUGAAAAACUGCACAAACAGGAGACCACGGUGUGUAUUUUUGGAACGGGUGAUUUUGGACGCUCACUGGGGCUCCGUUUGCUCCAGUCUGGGUACAGUGUUGUAUAUGGAUCCCGGGACCCUAAAAACUCUCUGUUGCUGCCGAAAGGCUCAAAAGUCAUGGCUCAUGCUGCUGCGGCUUGUGAAGCAAGUGUGAUUUUCGUGGCGGUGCAGAGGGAGCACUAUGGAUUUUUGACUCAUCUGGCAUCAGAUCUUGAGGGAAAGGUGCUGGUAGAUGUCAGCAAUAAUAUCAAAACGGGGCUUUACGCUGAAUCUAAUGCAGAAUACCUGAGCAGGCUGGUUCCAGGGGCCACCAUAGUCAAAGCCUUCAACACUAUCUCUGCCUGGGCUCUACAGUCUGGAGGACUGGAUGCCAACAGACAGGUCCUUAUUUGCGGAGACCAGGCUGAGGCCAAACAGCAAGUAGUGGACAUUGCUCAAAGACUGGGUUUCACUGCUCUGGAUAAAGGCUCUCUCCGAGCAGCUGCUGGGUUAGAAGAUCUGCCCCUGCAACUCUUCCCCCUCUGGAGGCUUCCUUUCUACAUCGCCAUUGGUUUAGCAGCUUUCAUCUUCUUCUAUGUCCUCACGAGAGAUGUCAUCUAUGAGCGAGUUACCAACGGAAAAGACAUCACUUUCCGCAUUAUGGUCUCGCUGGCCAACAAGGUGUUUCCCAUUGUCUCUCUGGUGAUGCUGGCCCUCUGUUACCUGCCGGGAGCUUUGGCAGGAUUCCUGCAGCUUUAUAAUGGCACCAAGUACCGUCGUUUCCCAGAUUGGUUAGAUCGCUGGAUGCUGUGCAGGAAGCAGCUGGGCCUGUUAGCUCUGGCCUUCGCUUUUCUGCAUGUUCUCUACACUUUUGUGAUACCCAUCAGAUACUAUGUGCGCUACAGGAUCAAUGUCUACACUAUAUCACUGGUAAAGGAUAAUAAAACCUACGAGUUUGACAAUGUAGCAGCCUGGCGUCAUGAUUCCUACUAUUCCAUGGGAAUUCUUGGAUUUGGGCUGUUUGUCCUGUUAGGAAUUACAUCCCUUCCAUCUGUGAGCAACUCUCUAAACUGGAAGGAGUUCAGUUUUGUGCAGUCUAAACUGGGUUACACCACCGUGCUGCUCUGUACUGCUCACGCAUUUCUCUAUGGCUGGGAUAAAUUUCUAAAACCUUACAAGUGGUGGAUGCCUCCUGCAUAUAUGUUGUCUCUAGUGGUUCCCUGUGUGGUUCUGAUCCUGAAACUAAUCCUGAUCACCCCAUGUGUGGACCGCAAGGUCACCCGUAUCCGUCAAGGCUGGGAACGACAGAGCAAAACUUCAGCAAACUGCACAGAUGGAAAGACAAACCAGCCGCUUAUGGCAUAGCCAUUUUUAAAGAUGCCAUGGAAUGCACUGAUACAAUAUGUUUGAAUUGUUCUCUGAUAUCUAAAUACUAGGCAUAUGGCUUAGGUAAUUGUAAAAAAAAGAAACAGAUUUAGGUAUGACAUUCUGCCAUUUGACCGUAUUUGGAAUGGUCAUAAAUAUUAAUGAGCUCUGCUUUGAUGCACUUGCUGCUCCUGUUAGUCGCUUAUUAUUUCAACCGCCACAUAACUAGAUAAUUAAAUUGUCACCCCAUCUGAAUGAUGACUAACUAUAUUUUAUAAAGUGUUUUGCCUUCAUUUUAAUCUAGAAAAUCACAUAAGCUGAAUGAUGCUCAUUAUUCAAUAACGCAUAUACAGAUUUCCAUUCUGAGGCUGAUUACUGGCUGAGUUUAAAAUGUUGCCUAUUACAGGGGAAAAUUAAUGCCGAACAUAAGUGCAGAGAUGAAUGGAGACUUAACUGAGCAUUUGAUUUGGGACAUGACUUGAACUGAAAUUUAAAGACAUUUUUGUAGUUGAGGAGAAAUAUUUCCCUUGAGUGCCAGUGUUAUUUAAAGAAGGAAGGAAGUCUAUCAGACACAUAAUCAGAAAGACUUUCAUCAAAGAUGAAUAGUUCCUGAGUUGAAAAAUUAUUUUAGAAGACAAUUAUAUAACAGUUAGACUUGGUUCUUGAUUAUGAUUGAGUGAGGGGCAUACUGUAUGAGACAGACUGUGACAUAUUUUACUGCAAGCUACAGUGUUUCGUCAGUAGAACAAAAUCACAAAAUCAUUUACACAGAAAAACUUAUUAACUAAAAAAAAGAGGAAAAAAUCAGGAGGAGAACAAGUAAAAGAAAAACACUAAUGUUUCAUUCAUAAAAAUAGCUGGAAUAACAUGAACUCUGCUAAUUUAAGUAUUUAUAAUCAAACUAGUCCAAAAAAGUCAAAUGUAACCACAUCAAUCAUGAAAUGAUUAAACAUGAAGUGAGGGUGGGACAUAGAGUAGCCCCUCCCCUUUCAAAGAAAAUGUCUAACUGUUUAACAGCUCUACCAGUAAAAGUGGUUGAGCUUAAAUACGUCUAUGGAGAAGCAUAAGCAAAAGAUUUGAUGAGAAACUGAAGUCUGAGGGGACUAAAAAUACCAUUGAUCCUUUUAGGCGGAAUUAACUUAAUAUUAACUAAAAUCUAAAGAUAAUCUGUAUAAUUUGUAUAAUAAUUCAUUUUUUUAUUUUAAUUUCAUGGGACAAAAAAAAUGUAACUUAAAUCCAACUUUUUAUUUCAGAAAAAGAAACAUCAAUCAUGAUCAUGUGAUAUUGAUAAUAACUUGCUUAACACAAAAGGUUUUUUCCUUUUUAAACAAAAACUUAAGACAGACUUGGACUUAACUGAGACCUGACAGAACAUGUCUGUUUGAGUGUCUGGCAGGCCUGAGAAGAACUAGACAGAGUUUGGCUUCUCAACACACCUCAGUUCAUUGCUGAGCGGCAGUUUUAAAUUACACUUAACCGACCGUAGAGCUGAUCUUCCAUUUCACAUUGCUGAUCACAUCUCACAUGAUUACACAUUACUCUUUUACCCAUACAUAUUACCCCCUUUUACACUGGGGACACAUUAGAAAGGGCACUUACUAAUGCAUACUGUAUAUAUUAUAACCGUAGAUUCAUAACACAUUGCAGUAUAAUCAAUACAUAUCUGGGGUUCAUGGUUCAAAAUAAUCUAUGCCAUUUAAAGGAUUCAAAGGCAGCAGUGGUGGGUGUUUUAUUAGAGCACACAUUUCUGUAUUGUGUAAAGUACUUGUCUUUUUUAUUACCUGCUUCCUCUGGGCUAUUUCCUCUCAAGAGCCUCCCAGUGGGCUUUUCCCUUUAGAUAUUAUCGAUCCAAAACUGAGCAGCAACUUACUUCUUGAUCUGUUUCAGGGUAUGGGCUUUCCUGUCUGCAGGAGAGCUCAUCUUUCUCUCUGUUGUGAAGUAUAAAGGAGCUGUCAAUCACACUGGCGGUCGGCUGCUUCUCUAUAGUGCUUUCAUGAAGAAUUGCCGGCUGUGGAGAGUUUUUGCUUAGACCAAAAUAGCAAGGCUCGUUUUAUCACAAAUAUUUCAGCGAGUCUGUGAAGGCAAGGCUGAGAAAACUAAUAACGUCAGUAAUUUUGAGCACAAAACCUUGCGAGGGUGUUUAUCGAGAAAUGUUGGAGAUUUGCUGAUUUUGGAUUUAUUUUUGUAUUACUCAGAUUAGACUGUAAUAAAAAGUUAAAUGCAUAUCACUCUGAUAUGUCUAUGUGGUUUA